AUGACCUUGCACCAGUACCGGUACCCGGGCCCGUCUACCUUCACGGCCUGCCAGAGAGCCGUCCACGACUCAGACGACUUCCUCCCAGCCCUCUGCAUCAUCCUCGACUACCUCACCCUCGGCAGCUCGAGGGUCGAGGUAGUGCGGGUCCGCGGCUCAGCCAGCGCCUGGUGCGCGCGGUACUUCCGAACGCGCCGGUUCGCCCUCCUCCGGGAUCACCCCGACCUCUUCAACGUUGGCGAACCAGCCCCCUCGAGGGCGACGAGAUCUACUACCUGGUCGACGUGGUCGCCGUCGGGCAGGCGUGUGACGUGGGAGUUUCGCCCCGGCGCCGACCACCACGCCCACUUGGGGCCGCCGCCUAUGCUGGCCGCCGACCUGAGCGGGACCAGCAUCCUCUGGAACAUCCCGGCCGUGAUGACGAGCCUGGCGAGGGCCAACGUCCAGGCCCCGGACGAGUGCGCCGGAAGGCCAAUGUUCAUCGACCCCCCCUGCUCCGGGUUCGCGGUGCAAACCGCCGCCAGGGCCGGCCCCGCGUCGCCGUACCCAUCCGACAUGUCAGUAGACGGCAGUUCGUGCCCGGGCGCCAUGGCCCUGGACAGCCGUGGGCCCGACGACGCCGCCGCCGCCGCGCCCGAGGACAUGGACGUGGACACCGACACGAACAUGGACAUGGACAUGGACAUGGACAUAGACAUGGGCACUGCCGAGUCCGACGCGCAGGCGGAGGAAGAGCUUGUGGGCGAGGCCAUGGAGGGCGUCGAGGAGAGCAGCCCCCAAGGUCCCGGCGACCACGUCGCCUGGUUCAUGAGAACGUGGAACUAG